UCUGGUUGAAGGAAUAACAAACAACCUAAACUCAAAGGACCCCGGGGUUUAUGCCGCAGCUGUGAAAGCGCUGGAAGAAUCCAUGGCUCACUUAGCGCUUGUGGCAUGGGUUUAUCCCAGGAGCCCCGAAGUCGUCCAGCGCUACGCCCUGCCCGUGCUCUGGUCCUUCCUGGGGAACAAGGCGCUGCCUGUCCGAAGCGCCAAUGUCCGCACUGUGGUCACCAAGCUUGCCUGCGCCCUCUACAAGGUGAUGGGCGCCAAGCUGAGGAAGCAUGCUGCCAGCCAGCCUCCACAUGUGCGGGAAAACCUCUCCGACAUUUUGGGCUGGUGAAGGCUCGAUGACCUGCAGAGAGAUGACAAAGUGCUGAGUUGGACACCUCCGGACGUGACUUCUUAGCUGUGCCAAAAAGGACAGAAUGCAAAGGAAGGGUGUGCACCUGCCCCCGCUCUCUCCACCCCCCUUCCUAGUCGUGGCAUGG